CCUUAGUUGUAAAUGUUUAUGUUAUAACAGUUUUUAUUUUGAAGCGAUCGACAGAGGCUGAUCAAAAUCCGUGAUUAUGUAAUACAACUCUAGUAACAUCCUAAAUUUGUUUUGAUUUGGUGUUUAUUUUGGAGAAACUGAUUUGCAGAACUGUCAAACUCAGGGGGAGUGAAAAUGUCUGGUGAAACGAAAACAUUCAGUUUGAAAUUAGUGACCUGGAAUGUAGGAGAUGAAGAGCCUCUGGCAGAUUUUACAGAAUUGUUGGAUCUAAAGGCAGAUUCUCUACCUGAUAUUUAUGGCAUAGGAUUGCAGGAACUGGUAUCAGGAGAGUUUGCUGCAUACAAAAAUUCAUGGACAACUCUCUUUACAGAUAUUCUAGGCCCCAAGGGAUUUUGUCUGAUAAAAGCAGUGAAAAUGCAAGGCCUUCUCCUUAUAGUGUUUAUUAAGAGAGAGUACCUUCUCUGUGUAACACACAUAGAGUCUGAGACUUCAAAGGCGGGGAUGGCAGGAUGGUGGGGAAACAAAGGAGGAGUCAGCAUUCGAUUUGAUCUCAAUGGAGUAAAUCUUAUCAUUGUUAAUUGUCAUCUGGCAGCUCACAUGAACAACUCAGCUGAAAGGAUCGAGGAUUUUUUCACUGUUCUGGAUACUCAGAAAUUCAGAGAUAAAGAUGUAGAUCAUAUAUUAGAUCAUGAUUUUGUGUUUUGGAUGGGAGAUCUCAACUUCAGGAUUGACAAUUUCACAAGAGAAGAAGUAGAGAAAUAUAUUGAGAAGAAGGAUUUUGAAACUCUUUUCAAAAAAGAUCAGUUAGUUAAAUGCAGGGAAGAAGGCCUCAUCUUUUGUGAUUUUGAAGAGGGGAAAAUUGAUUUUCCUCCCACCUACAAAUUUGAUAAAGGAACAGAUAAUUAUGAUAGCAGUUCAAAGAAACGAGUACCAGCAUGGUGUGACAGAAUUCUCUGGCAGGUCCAUCAUGAUUCUUUUGAGAAGAUAACAUUAGCAGCUGAUCUUCUAGAGUACAGAUCUGUACCUUUCUAUGUCAUGAGUGAUCACAAACCAGUGGUCGCAACCUUUAAGAUUAAAGUAUUCUCAUGCCAGCGAUUUCCGGCACCAGUAACCUUUGAUGUAGAGAAAUGCUGGAAAGCUGGUCAAAGUGCCACAGUUAAAUACAAAAUGAGAAAAGACUCAGAACUAAUGUCCUCUAGUCGAGACUGGAUAGGAUUGUAUAAGAGUGAUUUCAAACAUCUACAUGACUAUGUAACUUAUGUUUGGGCCAAAGAAUAUGCAGAGAAUAGUCCUGAAGGGGUAGAGGUGACAUUUUCAGGACGGUACCUUUCUUUGUCCCCGGGGACCUACAGGGUGGCCUACAUCAGUAACUACAAGGACACACUGUUAGGGAUGAGUGAGGAGUUUAAGAUUGUAUCUUGAGGUGCUUCUAUAGAGAAAACAUUUUCCAGUUUGGGCAGCAUCCUGAUCUUUACUUGCCGAAAAGAACAAAGAAAUCCAUAGAAAGUGAUAUCAAUUUACAUACUUAUUUUAUAUAUUUUUUACCUCAUGUGUUUGAACAACUUUAAAAAAAAUGAGUAUUUUUGCUAUGUAGCUCAGCUCUUUAGUAUGGAAAUUUUGACCAGAGAAUUCAUAUAAACACAAAAAGUGCAAUUUUUCUGUUCUAGGUUAUUGAGUUGUCAAUAUUUUUAAACUGCAACAUAAACAUUGAAAUGCCUUUAUGCUCAUAUUAAACAUAUUUUGUACUACUGCUGGGUGUACUAUGACAAAACUUAUCCUGCAUUUACCUUUAAUAGCUUUGUCAUCUCUGAUAUUAAGACCAAAAAAAAUUUAACCUGUUUGCAAAGUAUUUGGGAUGGAAAGGUCCAGACACAGGCUAGUAAGAAAUUAAACCAGAAUGAGAAAAAUAUUAUUUUAUAAUUAUUUUAUUUGAGAUUAAAACUUUAUACCAACAUUUCUUUGCUUUAACACACUUUAAAUAUCCAACAUUUAGUCAAAGCAAUUGCCAAUGCAGCUUAUUUGCAAAAUUGAUACAUUUUCUUUAGACAUAUUAAGAAAUGUCAGCAUACCUGGUUGUUAGUACAUAUACUAAUUUCAUAAACUUAAAAAAAAAAAAAAAAGAAAAACUUGCAAAGUUUUAUUGCAUGAGGAUUUACAUGUAAAUAAAAAGUUGGGGGGAAUAGGGUUGCAGAUAUAUUUUACCAGUAUUAAAGGAUUAGUAUAUUGCAUGUUUUGUCAUUAAGAUAGUUUUACAUGUAGCUGGUCAUGGAAUGUUUAAAAUGGCAUCUACUUUUUAAUGACUGUAUGUUCACAUUAUUGCCAAAGAACACAAAAAAAAUUUGUUUGAAUGCAGACCUGCGCUGGGUGACUUUUACUCAAAAGUCGAUGUAAUAUACACAUUUUUCUCUAUAAAUCAUGGAAAUUUUGAAUUUAUGUCCUUUUCCUGACAUCAUGCAUAUCUAAUAUAUGGUGUCAUAGCUGAUGAAAAUAUUUUUAAAAUGAUUUGAAGUCUGCAGAUAUCCACCUGGUUUAAAACAUAUUUAUAGAUUUUUCUGUCAAAGUUUGAUUUUGGGGGCAAAUAUUGGUCAUUACUGAAUAUAGUCCUUUGUAUGAACUACUCAGUUAUGAGUUAAAUAGAUUAAGUUUGAUAUACCUAUCCAAAUAUCUAUGUUUUGUAUGUAAUUGUAAUUCAUAUGGUGUAUUUCAUGUACGAGUGCCAGGUAUUACACUAGCUACAUUUAGUAGUGAAAAAUACAGUUCAGUUUAUCAGUUUUGCACAUCUUUCAAGUUUGAUGGAGAACUCUAAUGGAUAUGUGUUAUUGCAUUUUUUUCAUGAUUGAAAUACAUUUAUUUCUAUUGUUAUAUUUUUAUAAUCUUUUUUUUAGUAAUUUCAAUUUUAUGGUACAAAAGCUUGGUUUUCUAUUAGAGCUAUCUUGUUUAUGUGAUUUUUUUUUACUAAAACAAUUAAGAAUUUGUGUAUCUUUUAUCAAUUUAUUGGAAUGCUCUUGGAAAGAGAUUGUAUGGGGAUUGAAAAUAUACUUCAAUUUCUUUAAGAAGGAAUACUUCCAAAUUUUAAAUGAAUAAUAGCAUGUUGCAUAAUAUGAAAGACCCUUAUUGCAAGGACUAACAAAUCUUUCACAAAACUCUCUGUGCAUGCACAUACACAUACAUGUAUUAUUAUUUGGUUUGAUUUUAAAAAAAACUAUUUAAGUGUUUAAGAAAGCAUAUAAAACUAAAACUAUUUAUGUAUAUUUAUUUUAUAAUACAUGUAUAAAAACAAAAAAGGUUAUGAUAAUCAAAUUGAUAAAAAUGUUUAGACAUUUAUU